UAUCAGAAGUGCUUCGCUAAUCGACGCACAUAAUGCCGAUUUGAGUCUGCGGCAUUGGACAUGGUCAUUCCAGUUCGUCAAUAGUUUAUGUGAAGUUGCCGAUCGAAAAGAAAAUUGGUUCCGUGGGAAUUUUAAAUGUAACUAAGGAAGACAUAAACCAUGCAUUUUACUCUCAUUGCUUGGAGCACCAGUUUCAUUGGUAUGAUAGCCUGUGUUGCUCCAACCUCUACCACUACAUCAACAUCUUGGCCUAUAACAACACCUCCGACUCCAACAACACCUCCGACUCCAACAACACCUCCGACUCCAACAACACCUCCGCCUCCAAAAAAACGCUGUGGAUAUGAGUCGUGCCAUCCAAUUACUAAAGGAAUGAUAAAUGUACAUAUUGUACCACAUACCCAUGACGAUGUCGGGUGGUUAAAGACUGUUGACCAGUACUUCUAUGGGAGUAAUACCAGAAAUCAGAAUGCAGGAGUUCAGUACAUUCUAAAUACUGUUGUCGACUCACUUCGUAAAGACAAGAACAGGCGAUUUAUUUACGUUGAAACAGCAUUCUUCUGGAAAUGGUGGAUCAAGCAACAUGACAUCGUAAAAUCGAGGGUGCGCAAUCUGGUCAACAAUGGCCAAUUAGAAUUCAUCAGUGGAGGUUGGAGCAUGAAUGACGAAGCAACCACGCAUUAUCAUUCGAUUAUCGAUCAAAUGACUUGGGGCUUACGAAAAUUAAACGACACAUUUGGUGAGUGUGGAAGACCUAAACUAGGCUGGCAAAUCGAUCCGUUUGGUCACAGCAAGGAAAUGGCCAAUAUAUUUGCUCAACUCGGGUUCGAUGGCGUGCUAUUAGGGCGCAUUGACUACCAAGACAAACAGUAUAGAUGGCAAACUAAAACCCCCGAAAUGGUAUGGAGAGGAAGCGAAAGUUUAGGUGAAGCCAGCGAAAUAUUUACUGGCGUGAUGUAUAACACAUAUGGACCGCCUCCCGGAUUUUGCUUCGAUCUUCUUUGCAGUGAUGAACCUUUAAUUGAUGAUAAAAACAGCUUCGAAUACAAUGUUGACAGCCGAGUGAAUGACUUCUUCAGAUAUCUGGAUAACGUCACCAAGGUCUACAGCACUAACAAUGUUAUAAUUACAAUGGGAGAAGACUUUAAUUAUCAAGAUGCCGAAUCUUGGUUUGUUAACUUAGACAAGCUGAUCUAUUAUGGAAAUCAGCGCCAAGCGAAUGGUUCUAAAUACAACCUCAUCUACUCCACACCAUCUUGCUACGUAAAAGCGAUUUAUGAUGAAACUGAAGGGAAAAACGCUUGGCGUCUGAAGCAGGACGACUUUUUCCCAUAUGCUUCUGAUCCGCACGCUUUUUGGACCGGGUAUUUCACGUCAAGGCCCGCUAUUAAGAGAUUUGAACGAUAUGGAAACAACUUCUUACAAGUGUGUAAACAAUUAUAUGCAUUAGCUGACCUGGGGCCUGAAGAUCGAAUUGAUUUAAAUGCUUUACGAGAAGCGAUGGGUGUAAUGCAACAUCAUGAUGCUAUUACAGGAACUGAAAAGCAACAUGUGGCCUUCGAUUAUGCUCGCCACUUGCAAAAGGGUAUCGACGAAUGCGAAAUUAUUACUACCGCUGCUAUUAGCAAACUUGUAAGCAAAACAAAUCCUCUUUUUAAUGAGAGUACGCUCGAUUUACUGAAAGUCAACACUUGUCCAUUAUUAAACAUCAGCCAAUGUGCAGAAAGCGAAACUACCAACAAGCAAUUCAUUGUUACUGUCUACAACCCGCUAAGUAGAAAUGUAGACAAGAUCGUACGACUGCCCAUUCUAGGAACUGGCUAUUCUGUACACGAUCGUGUUGGUGAAAAUAUCACUACUCAAAUUGUACCAAUACCAGAGUUUGUAAAAAAAAUUCCUGGGCGUACAAGUAAAGCGGAUUAUGAACUCCUCUUCAUAGCCAGAGCCUUACCUCCGCUUGGAUGGAGCUCUUACGUUGUAACUGAUAUUUCUCAUCUUCAAGACCAGCGAGAAAUGCCUUACGAAAACAGCGACUCAGAAAGCGAAGUUUUCAUAGAUCCAAAAACCGGCCUGAUUACAUCGAUUGUGGUGAACGAUGUGAGCGUACCAGUAAGUCAGAACUUUUACUAUUACAACGGAUUUGUUGGAGAUAACGACGACUUUCAAAACCGAUCUUCCGGAGCGUACAUCUUCAGACCUGAUGGACCAAUCGUGAAAAUAUCUGAGAAAGCAAGUUAUAAAAUAUAUUCAGGAAAAAUUGUUUCUGAAGUGCAUCAAGUGUUUAACGAAUAUGUUAGUCAAGUUAUCCGAGUGAAUGCUAUUGAUAACUAUGUGGAGUUUGAUUGGGUCAUCGGGCCGCUGCCACAAAAUCAACAACGAGGCAUUGAAGUGGUCACCAAAUAUACUUCCACCCUCAAAUCAGACUCGAUUUUCUACACCGACUCAAAUGGAAAAGAAAAUCUUAAGAGAGUUAGAAACUUUCGACCAACAUGGGAGCUGAACGUGUCAGAACCAAUUGCAGGCAACUACUAUCCCAUUACUUCACAAAUUUCCAUUCGAGAUGAGGAUGCAGAUAUGGAUUUGGUUGUUCUUGUGGAUAGAGCGCAAGGAGGCUCAAGUCUUAAAGAUGGGGAAAUUGAAGUUAUGCUUCAUAGAGUCUGUUUGCACGAUGAUGCCUUUGGAGUGGGUGAAGCACUAAACGAAACCGCCUUUGGUAAAGGCCUGGUAGUAAGAGGGUCGCAUUAUGUCACCGUAGGACACAGGCAAACCAACAACAGUGAAGGAAUUGCAGCUAUUACAAAAGAUAUUGCCCAAAGACGACUUUUGGAUACAUGGACCUUUAUUACACCAUUCACUAAUAAUGAUGAAAUUUCUAAUUAUUCGCAAUUUUCAGGACUUACACAAUCUCUUCCACGCAACGUGCAGAUUUUGACUUUAGAGCCUUGGAUUGGGUUCAGUUUCCUGUUGAGGCUCGAACAUGUAUUCGAGAGCAAUGAGGACGCGGAAUUAUCACAGCCUGUAGUUGUACCACUUGCAAACCUGUUCACUCCAUUCGAAAUACUAUCAGCGGAAGAAACAACAUUAGGAGCUAACCAAUGGUUGAAAGAUAGCAACCGUCUCCAUUUUGCUACCAAUGGGAGUCUAGAAGACUUGCGUUAUGAAGACUACAACAUUGUUACAGACUUCAAUUCAGCAGUUCCAAAACUCUGGACAGAAGAAAAUAUCAACAAUCGCCUAACAAGAAGCACCGUUAUAAAUGCUUUUGACGAUCCGUUGAACAUUACCUUGUCAGCUGGGCAAACACGAACUUUUAUUAUACAAGUAAAUAACAAAUGAUAACUGAUUGUGAUUUACAAUUUUAUAUAAUGUAUUGAAUAAAUAUUGCGAACUCAGAA